CCGUGUUUCUCGUUCCGCUCUACGAGUACUCGCCGCUCUUCUACAUCACCGUGGUGUUCGUCUGCUUCCUCGUCACCAGCGGCCUGGUGCUGGGCUGGUUUGGGUUGGGUGUUCCUGUUAUUUUGAGAAACUCAGAAGAAACAGAAUCCAGCACAAGAGUCUUGAAAAAGCGGAUGAGACAAGUGAAGAAUCCUUUUGGGUUAGAAAUCCUUCAUCCUGCUACAGCUUCAGUAACAAAGGGUGUAACACUGACACCAGAUUGUCUGGAAGACUGUAUUCUUACGUGCUACUGGGGCUGCAGUGUUCAAAAACUCCAGGAAGCGCUGCAGAAACAUGUCUACUGCUUCAGAAUAAAGACCCCUCAGGCCUUGGAGGAUGCUCUGUACAGCCAAUACCUCUAUCGACAGCAGUACUUCAUUAAAAAAAAUGACAAGGAAGAAAAAUACUGUCAGUUACCAGAAGAUGCUCAAGUUGUUGAUUUUGGCCCAGUGCCCAGAUCUCGCUAUCCCUUGGUAGCCCUGCUGACGUUAGCUGAUGAAGAGGACAGAGAAAUCUAUGAUAUUAUUUCAAUGGUGGCUGUAAUUCACAUUCCUGAUGAGAGCUACAGACUUCCCUGCAGAAUAUUAUAUCAGUACCUACUUCUAGCUCAAGGUCAAUUCCACGAUCUGAAGCAACUCUUCAUGUCUGCAAAUAGUCCUGCACCAUCUUCAGGCCAUACAUCCCCUGGUGAGAGAAGCACUGACAGAAGCUUGCUAGAAAAGGCUGGAUUGGCUGAAGAUGAACCAGAACUGCAUGAAGAAAACAGCAAAGACUGUGUGGUUUGCCAGAAUGGCACAGUGAACUGGGUGCUCCUGCCCUGCAGGCACACGUGCUUGUGUGAUGGCUGCAUUAAGUAUUUUCAGCAGUGUCCAAUGUGUAGGCAGUUUGUUCAAGAAUCUUUUCCACUUUGCAGUAAAAAGGAUCAAGAUGAAGAUGAAUCAACCCAUAUCUUGCAAGACGUCCUUUCUGGAAGAGUUUUUUAAUGGUGGGGAAAAAAAACCAAACUGGGUUGUAUGCACCAAGAUUAAAGGUAGAAAACAGACUGUUUAUGGAGGGUGUAAGGAGCAUUAACUGGUAGGGUUUUGUGGUUUUAUUGUUAGGUAAUUUUCAGCUUCCUUAUUU